UCUUGACACUACUUUAAAAAUCCGUAAUUUGUAAAACGCGCGAGAAUUCAACAUUUAAUUAUAAAUAGUGCGUGUAUUAUUACAGUAUUUUUUGAGACUAUCUUAUCCAGUUAAACUUGAUCAUGGUGAAAGUGGGAAAAGCUGGUUUUCAAUUAGAAAGUUUAAAUUUUGAUAAUGUUAACUGUUUCAAAACAGAAGAGAUUAUCAAGAUCAGUCUUUCUCAGACGGAAGAUUAUAUCUUACGAGAAAAGGAGGAAACUGUUAAUCUAAUAAAAAACAUUGAAAAAGAUUAUGCUAAUAGAAAUGGAAUUAGGCAGACAGUAGAAAGUUUACUUCAGCGACAAAAUUCACUUUCUGAGAAACAAAACGAACUCCAAUCUCUCUUCGAAAAGAAAAAGAGAGAGAAAGAAAAAUGUCAUCUGAUGAAUGAAAUCAGAAAAAACAAACUGUCAUUAUAUGAAAAAUAUCUUGCACUGGAAAUCAAACGUGUUCGCUAUCAUCUGGAAACAAAAGAAAAUGGAUAUAAAGAUUUACUUUUAUUUAGUUUCCACAAUAUAAACAAGACUAAACCACAAGAUACUUAUACAUUUGAAAUAACAACAGAUGGUGUAAUUUACGAAGGUAAGUUUAUUCUUUUCCUUCCAGAGAUGUAUUAUCAAACAGACUUCGUCUAAGGAUUAAUAGAAAAA